CUUUAAAUAUUUUUAAUCCCCCCCCCAAAAAACCUCACCAAAUCUCUUCCUUACUUCUUUUCUUCUCCCCUUCACUGUAUCCCUCCCCUCUCCCUCCUUCCUUCCUUUCUGCACUGUAUCUUUCUUUCUUUCUUUCUUCUCUGCCUGCCGCUUUCUUCUAACUCUCCCUUCCUUUCACUGCUCUCUCUCAUAUAUACACACACAUAUAAAAGGCAAGGCUAGGCAGAUAAAGUUUCUCCAGUCCAGCUUUUACAGAUCUCCCUCAGAAAGGGGAGGAGAGAGAACAAGAGAAGGGAGGUUUGGUUGGCUGGAGGUCUUUUUAAUUUCUUCCUUUUUUUCACCUUUCUAAAGAAAGAUCUCUGGUCUCUUUUUGUGUGGGGCCUUUGCAACAGAUCAAUGGAGCACCCGCCUGAAAGUAGCAAAUUAUGGGAUGGCGUGUGCCUGUCUGUCUCUCUCUUUCUUUCUCUCUGGAGUGGGACAUGGUUUCUUUUUUGCCAGAGACUGCUGGAUUAGACGUUGAAUGCAUCACCCUUUUGGGUUGUUAUUAUCUUGAGCAGCGGUGGAAAGAAACAGAAAUCAGAUUUUCCUGGGUUUGUUUUGCAAAUGAAACUCUACAGGCGGUCAGAUGCAAACAAAGAAGAAACAACCCUUUAUUUCGAUCUCCUCUCUAGAUAAAUUUCUCCUUGGCUUUUUCACCCUGAACUUUGCCCCCCAAAAGGAAAGCCGUAGAUGGACCUGAGAGAGACAGAUGGAGCUAAAACUAGUAGUGUAUUGAUUUUGGGAGGGAUGGGGGUGGGUAGGGGCUUGUGUGAUCUUUAAAGAUAUGUUUUAACCUAGAAAACCACCCCUGGAUUAAUUUUCCUUGGAUUCUUGCAGAAGGAACAGGUAAAAAAAAUUUUAAAAGCACCCCAUAUUUCCUUCCUCUUUCUCAUUUUGUUUUUUAAAAAAUACUUUUAAAAAUAUAUUCAGAGUUCUAAAUCCAUGUUAGGGCUUGUAUAAAAAAGGAAUCUCAUACGGAGCUUAAACAUAAAGCUUUUGGAGCAGAGGAGAGAACUACCUUUUGCUCCAGACAAGGAAGUCUGCAAGCAUUUAUCUUAUACGUUGAGUCUGAGCCUAGGCAAGUUUACUCUCAAGUAAACCCCACUGAGUUCAGUGGGGCUUCCUUCCCGGGAAGUCUCUCCAUGAAGAAUGCAAUUGUGUUGCGACCUGCUCCCCUGCAUGCUUACUCAGAAGCAAGCCCCACUGAGUUCAAUAGAGCUUACUCCCAGCAAGUGUAGCAAAGGAAAAGACGGAUGAUUCCUAAUUUGGAUUAUAAAUCACGUUGACCCGUGAAGGAUUAUCCGGUUGCGGUUAGAGAAUCCUUUUCUCUUCAGGCUUGGCUUGUCUUUGCCAAGAAGGAUCAGUAGUCCAGAGGCUGUUGGUGUUGGAUUAAAGGGGACAGAUGGCCAAGUGGUUUAAGGAUUAUUUGAGUUUCGGGAGCAGGAAAUCUCCCCCGCAGCCCCCCAAACCGGACUACACCGAGAGUGAGAUCCUGAAGGCGUAUCGUGCGCAGAAAAGCUUGGACUUCGAAGAUCCUUAUGAAGAUGGUGAUGGAAAACCUGAGACGGACCCCAGAGGGUCCCCAAACAAAGUGGCAACCUCCGGCAGCAAUCCGGAGGGGAAGUACGACUCCCCAAAACACAGGCUUAUCAAAGUGGAGGCCUCUGACCUGAACCGGAGCAAAGCUCUCUUGGCCACUGCUGCAGAGGAAGAUCUAAUUCAGCCCGAUCAGCCCCCCGGAGAAAGUGAGUACUCAGACCCCUUCGAUGCCCAUCGGGAGCCCAAAGAAGAUGCGGAUGAGGACGUGGGGCAGGAAAACAACGGAUAUAUGGAACCCUACGAUGCACAGAAAGUGGUGGCUGACCUCCAGCGCAAAAGUGACUGGGAUGAGCGAAAGGUGAAAAAGUCCCGGAAAGGGUUGCAGCUCUAUGACACCCCUUACGAGGAGAAGGAAGCUGAGGUUGACCCGGAGGGUCCCACCUCCAGCAAGCCCCGGGAGAGCCGCCUGCCCCAGGAUGACGAGCGGCCGGCAGAUGAAUAUGACCAGCCCUGGGAGUGGAAGAAGAAUCACAUCUCUCGGGCUUUUGCAGUAGACAUUAAGGAGACUAAGGUGUUGCCUUGGCCACCGCCGGUAGGACAACUCACAGGGACAGAGGAAGCCCUAGAUCCAGAAGUGCAGUUUGAGACCCCUGAGUGGGAACGAACCUCCUCGGCCUCCUUGUCUUCCGCACACAAAGAGCGUUGGCACCAGCCAAAGCACCUAACCGGGAGUUCCAAGUUCAGCCGGUCACAAAGUCCUGAGCACAGCUUACCCAUCGCUGAGUGCGUGGAUCCCUCCUUGCCGCUGGAUCAGCAGGCGUGGUUCCAUGGUACGAUCAGCAGAGCCGAUGCCGAGGCCCUCCUGACUCUCUGUAAGGAGGGUAGCUACCUGGUCAGGAACAGCGAGACCAGCCGAAAUGACUACUCCCUCUCACUCAGGAGCAGCCAAGGUUUCAUGCACAUGAAGUUCACCCGGACCAAGGAGAACAAGUUCGUGUUGGGGCAAAACAGUGCCCCUUUCGACAGCGUCCCAGAGGUCAUCCACUACUACACGGCCCAAGAGUUGCCUGUCAAGGGAGCUGAGCACCUUUCCUUGCUCUAUCCAGUUGCGGUCCAGACUUUGUAAUGCAACGUGUGGCUGCAGAGGAAGAGGAGGAGCUGGUUUGAUCCAAAGAAACUGGCCUGAUGAUUGUCUGGACUGCAGGAGGGGUCUCACUGGGGGUGACCCACAGACAAUCUCUCCCCAUCCCUUUGGGGUCCUUGCAUUGAAGGGGAGGCUCAUACGGUGCUCUCUCCUGUUUUCAAGCAAUAAUUCUGCUUCUCUUCCAAUGGCCAAGCUGCCAUCAGCCUGUUUUUCUUCCUUUGUGACAUCCCCAGAGGUGUGGAGGAACUCUUUGACAGUUACCUGCUCUCCCUUGACAUGCUGGAGAAUGUCUCAGCUCAGCUCUUGCAAAGUUUAUCUUGUUCUUAAGAAUGGAUGGGAAAGCGGAACUUUUGCCAAGGGCUCCCGAGCAAGCCAGGGGCUCAGACUGUGCAGUGGGGCUCCCGCUUGCCGUGCGGAGGCACUUUUGGGCUGUCCUAGCAGCUCACCUCUUGCAAAGGUGAUCUUUCUCAUCAUAUCUUGCAGAGGAGCAGAGCUCUUGCAAAGAGGUUGGGCUGAAGCACUUACCUUGUUCCCAGUUGAGGUUGCCCCGUUGUCUAUUUAUUUCAGAUGUCAAUCUCCCUGCAAAGUUCCUCCUCUCCCAUAUUGCCUUGGGAUAUGUGCAUUCCGGGAUCCCCAUGUGUAUUUGUUUUGCUUAUCUAAAUUGGCAGAGCAGCUGAGCUAUUGCACCAUGCUUUGUGUGGGGUCAUUUUCCCAUUCUCCCCAUACUUGGGGUUUUCCUUUUAGGCCCACGUUAAGCCAUCUUGGGCUGCUUUUUUAAUCAAGAUUGAUGGGGGUGGGGGAGGGCGAGAAACAGAUAAUUUUUGCCUUGCACAAUUUAUAGUACCCUCCCUCCCCUUUAUAUAAAAUGUGACAUUUAGGAGGAAACCUAAAUGUCCCAGAGCUGCUGUUGGUUCCCACCCAGAUCUCCCUUCACUGGGGCCUAAACGUCAUGAUCCAGGGAUCAUGUGGCCACCCCCCAAAUCAGCCCCCACCUCUUCCUCUUCUCCCCAACAUGCAGCCAUCGCAGCGAGUGGGGAGUGGGAGGAAAUGUCGAAACAUGGUGGCAGCAUAGAGAUGCAUUUCCUCUUCCUCGGGGCCAAACUAAACCACCAGUUUGCAGAGUUGUUGUUUUUUCUGUUUCAAAUCGUCGCAGCUGCAGCAAGAGGGAAGUCCCGGGUGGGAACUGGCUGGCACAGAAGGGGAGAGGUGACCCUUUGCCUCUACCGCCGUCCCAAUCCGGAUCGGGGCCUUCCCGCCCCCCGCAGCUGCAGGAGGGAAGCUACCAUUGGCCCCAAAGGUUAUGGGGCAGAGGAGGAGGAGAUGGGGACUGUCUCCUUUGGCACCACCCCUGUAGCAACCAUAACGCCCAUUUCUGGCCCGAGACUGAUGCUUCCGCCAUCCCCGCCUCUCCAAAAUCCGUGCCAUGUCUCGUCAUGUUUAUCUGGGCGUCUGUGUGGGACUGUUCCCUUUGUCUGUCCCGUGUUCUGGUGCAAUAUAUUCCCCCCUCCUGAUGGUGUUGCCUUUGCAUUAAACUCUAAAACAUG